UUGCAGUUCAGGUUUGAAGAUUAUUACAAUUAAAAGCAUUUGCUUCACUCAAGAUUUGUGAUGUAACAUAACCUAGGUGUGAUGCCUAGAACCCUUCUGGUGUAAUGUCACAUAAUGAAAAAUUUGAGAAUUGGGAUAAUUUGCUUCAUGAUUGAUGCCCAUGAUCCUUUUUGACUGAAUUUGAUCAUGAUCCAAAAGUUUUGCCUCUUUGUUUUUGGUCAUGAAAUUUUUUGCGUUUUGCCCUUUUGUGUGCAUGUGCUCUUAUUGAGUGUAGCGAAUGUGAACACUUAAGAGAUUCGUAAUUAUCAUACUGGAAUUAUCAAACACAUGGAUUUUCUUAAUCAUAUUCAUAGAUAUUUCUGAAUAGAGUCAAUAGACGAUAAGGAGAAUGAGGAUAGUGGGACUAACAGGUGGGAUUUCAUCUGGGAAGAGUACCGUCUCAAAUCUCUUCAAGGCCCAUGACAUUCCUGUUAGUGACGCUGAUCUUGUGGCUCGUGAUAUAUUGAAGAAGGGAACUGGUGGAUGGAAAAAGGUUGUUUCAGAAUUUGGACGGGGUAUUUUGCUACCCGGUGGAGAAGUUGAUAGACCUAAACUAGGACAAAUUGUAUUCUCUAAUCCUGAAAAGCGUCAACUUUUGAAUCGACUACUGGCUCCUUACAUGUCAUCUGGAAUCUUUUGGGAAGUUUUGAAGCUAUGGUUGAAGGGGUUCAAGGUUAUUGUUCUUGAUAUCCCUCUAUUGUUUGAGAGCAAGAUGGACAGAUGGACCAAGCCCAUUAUUGUUGUAUGGGUUGAUCCUGAAACACAGCUUCAGAGACUCAUGUUGAGGGACAGAACAUGUGAGAAUGAUGCUCGAAACCGGAUAAAUGCUCAGAUGUCACUCGAUUUAAAGAGGACCAAGGCAGACAUUGUGAUUGAGAACACUGGAUCACAUGAGGAUUUAAAAGAGAAGUUCAAAAAUGUGCUAUUUGGGGUUACAAAACCAUUGUCGUGGACUGAACUACGGCUUUCUCGCCAAGGUGCCUUAUCUGCUCUUGUUUCCAUCAUCGUAGGUGUUCUUAUGCUCAGAAAAGUUCAUAAUAGUGAUACUAAAUUAUAG